AUGUCGACAGGCCCCUUUUCCUUUGAGGAGGUGGCCGUGUAUUUCUCCGCAGCAGAAUUGGCCCUGCUGGAUCUGGAACAAAGAGUUCUAGAGGAGAAACCUUUUGCAUGUUCAGAGGGUGGAAACAGUUUCAGGUUUGGUGGCAGUCUUCAGCAGCACCAAAGAACCCAUACAGGGGAGAAACCUUUUGAAUGCUCAGAGUGUGGAACGAAAUUCAGUCAGAGUUGCGAUCUUCAGGAGCACCAGAGAACCCACACAGGGGAGAAACCUUUUGAAUGUUCAGAGUGUGGAAAGAGAUUCAGUAGGAGUUGCAAUCUUCAGGAGCACCAAAGAACCCACACAGGAGAGAAACCUUUUAAAUGUUUAGUGUGUGGAAAGAAAUUCAGUCGGAGUGGACACCUUCAAGUGCAUCAGAGAACCCAUACAGGGGAGAAACCUUUUGAAUGCUCAGAGUGUGGAAAGACAUUCAGCACGAGUGACCAUCUUAAACGGCAUAAAAACACACACACAGGGGAGCAACCUUUUGAAUGCUCAGAAUGCGGAAAGAGGUUUAGUACAACUGGUAAUCUUAUGCUGCAUGAAAGGACCCACACAGGGGAGAAACCUUUUGAAUGCUCAGAGUGCGGAAAGAGAUUCUGUAAAACUGGUAGCCUUCAACGGCACCAAAGAACCCACACAGGGGAGAAACCUUUUGAAUGCUCACAGUGUGGAAAGAAAUUCAGUCAGAUUAGCAAUCUUCAAAAGCAUCAGAGAACCCAUACAGGGGAGAAACCUUUUGAAUGUUCAGAGUGCGGAAAGAGAUUCAGUAAAAGUGAUAGUCUUCCAGGGCACCAAAGAACCCACACAGGGGAGAGACCUUUUGAAUGCUCAGAGUGUGGAAAGAGAUUCAGUCACAGCAGCACUCUUCAAGUGCAUCAAAGAACCCACACAGGGGAGAAACCUUUUGAAUGCUCAGAGUGUGGAAAGAGAUUCAGUAAAAGCAGUAGUCUUCAAGAGCACCGAAGAACCCACACAGGGGAGAAACCUUUUGAAUGCUCAGAUUGUGGAAAGAGAUUCAGUAAAAGUGGUAGUCUUCCAGGGCACCGAAGAAUCCACACAGGGGAGAAACCUUUUGAAUGUUCAGAGUGUGGAAAGAAAUUCAGUCUGCGUUCCAGCCUUCAAAAGCAUCAACGAACCCACACAGGGGAGAAGCUUUUUGAAUGCUCAGAGUGUGGAACGAGAUUCAUUGACAGUGGCGCUCUUCAGAAGCACAAAAGAACCCACACAGGGAGUCAGCCAGAGUGGCAAUCUUCAGAAUCAUCAGAUAACCCACACAAGGGAGAAUCUUUUUGA